CCGCUGGCAGAAGCAGAGUGACACCUCCUGUUUAAUUUUUAACUCUUCGUGUGUAGCAUGCUGCCUGACGUUAGCACAGCAGCUAGCCAGUUAAAAACAAAGCUAACAAAGUAGAAAACCUCCCGUUGCUGUAAAAACAUUAGCUUAGCCAUGUACACGGAGCUCAACAGCAUCCUGAACUCUGGUCCCGACAGCUUCACUCAGGGAGAAUUCAUCCUCCUGUCAGACAGACAGAGUGAUGCCUCUUUCCUCGUUCACCACUUCCUGUCUCUCUACCUGCGAGCUCGUUGCAGAGUGUGUUUCCUGGGCCUGGUUCAGUCCUUCAGUCACUACAGUGCAAUCAGUCAGAGGCUGGGUGUGAGUCUCGCACAAGCGAAGGAGAAAGGUCAGCUGAUAUUUCUGGAGGGACUGAACGAAUCAUUGAAUGUUUUGAUUCCUCAAGAAACUGAUUCAGGAAAUGAAGCCAUGGACUUCCUCAGGGAUCCGACAGCCGGCCUGCGGCGUUUGUACGAGUUUGUCCGGUUCAGUUUAAGAAGUUCGGGCGGAGAGGAAAAAGAGGAGUGGGGACCCCCCGUUUUGAUGGUGGAUGACGUCAGUGUGCUGCUGAGUCUGGGGGUCAGUGCUGGAGCCGUGUUGGACUUCAGUCACUACUGCCGAGCCACAGUCUGCUCCCAGUUACAGGGCAACAUGGUGAUGCUGGUACGCUGUGAUGGGGAAGAAGAGGAGGGUGACGGAGAUGACGAAGGCUCAGAACUUCUCCUAAAGGGACUGACCCACCAGUGCAGCCUCACUCUUAAUGUACAGGGUCUCCCAACUGGCUACUGUAGGGACAUCCACGGGCAGGUGGAGGUUUGUUGGAGGAGGAAAGAAGGUGAUGGACAGAACACACAGAAGAAACUCUUUCAGUACAAGGUUCAUGAUAAAGGAGCCUCCUUCUUCGCUCGAGGGACAUCCAGUGCUGUUCUCUAGACUUCAUCCUCAUGCACCUUUGUCUCUUCAACAUGUGACACGGACUAAUGUUUUGAUACUACCGGACAACACUUGUGUUGGUUUGUUAGCUGCCAGAGUGUCUGGCGACAUAUGUACCAGCUGUGGUCGAGCUUCACAGUCAGUGACUCAGUCUGGGAUUGACUCUGAAUUGAUCAGAUGUUUUAUUUGUCAGUUAUUUCAAAUCGAAGACAUGAAAACAAAAUGUCAGCUCAGCAUGAUGAACAGGUUCUUCUGUGGAGUACACACUCAUACUAUUCAUUUGCUUGGACUAAUCAGGUUUUCUGUGGUUUCUGCAAAUGAUCACUAUAGAUGAUGUUUGAUGUUGUCACAAUUACUUAAGAACAAAAUGAGUACUGGAUAUGUGGUGUGUUGUUUUAAAAACACUUUUUGUAACUCAAGAACAAUCUGGAGUCGAUGACCUGAUUAGAUUUUGGCCUACAUUAACGUAUACAUUUGCAUAUUGAUGAGUUAUAAACGAGGUCAUGGUGCGACAUAAAGCAA